AUGAGAGUCGUGAUCACUGACAAGGGACAAGAAAUGCGGAAGACUUUAUAUCUAGAGGAGAUUCAAAGAAAAAAAGAUGUGAAUAAUGUCCAAAAUAAUUUCAAGCUUCCCUCUUUUAUGUCUCAAACGCAGAGAAAUUUUGGUGGAUUUCAGACUAAUACAUCAAUGAAGAAUUACAACAUGCAGUCAGCUAGACUGCAAAUGAAUGAAUCUGGGAUAAUGUAUAAUGAUUUAAUCAAAGAAAUGCCUAAAAUUGAUAGCAUAGUAGAGAUAAAGGUUAAAAAACCAAAGGUUAAAAUGUCUAAAAUACUGCAGCAAAGAAUAAUUGAUCAACUCUAGUAAAGAUAAGAUUCAGGCAUGUUUAUCAAAGAAGAGCUUGACAACGAAUUAAAAAGUUUAACCUAAAGAGCAGCAGGUGCUACCUAGCAGAUGAAAAUGGCGAUUGAAGAUUCAAUCAACCAUUCUCGAUCAAAUGGGUCAAUUAGUAAUAUUAAUGAUAGUAAGUAAAGUUAAGGCUAAAGUCCAAGAAAUGGAGUAGUAGGAGGUAAUAAUAACAACCAAGCAGGAAACUCAUUGUUUUCAAAUCAUACUUAGUCAUAGAAUUAUCUUACAAAGUAUUCUGAGAAGUUUAUUUAAAAAGCCUUAAAGUAAAAUCAAAGACCUUAGAAGAGGUUCAUACAGGGUUAGUACCCGCUUAAGCAGAGAUCAGUUUCCUUACUUGAACUCUAAAAUACUUUGAACAAAUCAAAUAAUAGAGACCUUAUUGACAAAGUCCAAACAAUUACUGUUGAAAGGGAAAAAAGGCUCUAGGAAAGAUAUAUUGAUAUUGUAAAUGGCAGGGAGCAUCUAAGAUCAAUGAUCCUUAGAAAAUCUGAAGAGAAAAGAACUAAAGUUGAGAAUGAUUAGCUUUAAAAGAUCUAAACUAUCAAAGAAUAAGAAAAGGACAAUAUGGAGAAUUUGAUAAGUAAAAAAUUCUUAAACUCAUAGGAAAGAUAUAAGAGGAAGAUAGAGUGGCUAAAGAAUGAAACUGAUAGGAAGUAUAGCAAGUUUUGGGAUUAAGAAAAGCAAUAAAAACUAAGAGAGUUAAGAGAGAGAUCCCAGAAUAACCAGUAUAAGUAUAUUAAUUUCUGUUUUUGA